GUGCGGUGCAGGGCCGUGGGAGCCGCUCGGGCGCCUCCGCUCCGCUCCGCUGCGGGAGCCCCACGUCAGGCUCGGGAAUCCCCAGCACAGCGGGGACGGGGAGCUGUUGGAACGAGGCCAGAGAAGCCCACGGAGCCUGGUCGUUCUGAAAGAACUGUCAGUAUGGAAGACAAAGAGAUCAGCUAUAGUGAGGAAGACGAGCCAAAAUCUCUUCUACCCUUUCUGGAAGAGGGUAAAAAAGAAGACAAAGCUGGUCAGUUCUCUGAUGGGGAAGAACACUGGGAAGAUUAUAAGCUUGAGGAAGAGUUGGCUGGUGGUGGCAACAUGGGAAGCAAGAAUCCUUCUGAAGGAGUUCCAGAUGAACCUGGUUCUAGCAUGGAGAGCUUGGAACACUGUUUGGGUGACACUAAUAAUAUUCAGCCUAUGAAGUAUACAAAUAGAAAUUACAUAUUUACCUUACAGAGGAACCUAAAAGAGCUCAAUGACCUAGCCAAAGAAAAGGAAUUUGUGGUCCAAAAAUCCAGAGGCAAGCUGAAUACCUGUCAGCAGCGCAUCAAGAUGCUAGCAAAGCAGCUGGAAUAUGUAGACAUGGAAAUAGAGAAAGAGGAGGAGUCUGGCGAUGUCGCAGCCUUGUCCCGCUUCCAGGCGAUGCGCAGACGACUGUAUAUGGAACUGGAGAAAGAGAAGGAUUUUGAGUUGAAAAUUGCUUUGGCCCUAGAAGAAGAUAUGCUUGAGAUGUGGCAGAUAGAAACUGAACAGGGAAAAUACAAAAUGCUCCAUGAACAACUUAAGAAAGCUGAGGAGGAGCUGGAGAUGCAAUACCAAGAACGAGCCAAAGUGCGGAUUUGGAAGGAAAAAAUAGCAGCACUGCAAGCAGAAGAAAAUCAGCAGUCUAGAGAAAAAAAAGAAGAGGAAGCCCUGAAACAAUAUGAAGAAAAGCAUAAAAAAUCGCUUGAAGAUGCCAAAAGGAACCAUGAAAAAGCAGUCUGCUUCCUGCAAAAAAGCAUGGCAAGAGUUCAUGAAAAAAAUGCAAAGGAAGAAGUGAAAAUUCGGGAGCAUAUGGAGAGAAGGAUCCAAGCUGUGCUUUCCCUGAAAAACAGCAUAACUUCCAAUCGGGAAAAACUCCAGACUCUUCAGGUUUGGAACAAAGCAGUGGCCUUUGAGGCAAAGAAGCGGGAGAUGAAAAUGAGGGAAGCUAUCCUGGCAGAAGGAGGCAAUGUUACCAAAGAACUUUUUCUCCAUAAACGAAUGCUAGAGCAUGAAAAAGAGAAACAGGCUUUUCAAGAACAGCAAAAAUCAAGGAAAAUUGAGAUUGUGUCAAAAAUUUUGCAAGAAAAAGCUUUUAUUCACAAGCAGAAAAAAAGUCAGUCCCGUACUAAGGCAAUUAAAGCUGGUGGUAAACUUGAGGAUUCUUUAAUGGGGAGAAAGAAAGCAUGGCAGUGUAUUGAGAAGACUGGCAGAGAAUCAGCUGGAGCAAUAUCACAGCAGUCAUGGUGCUCUCCGUCAGCUUGUUCCUCAGCUGGUGAGGGAACUGCUUCUGUAGGAGAGAGAUCUGAGAAUAUACCCCAGGAUGUGCUCUCUGAAAGUAGUGAAGGUGAGAAAGAGAGGGACAAGACCCUGGUAGGACCAGAGUUCCCGGGACUUUGGAGUCAGGAAUGUGACUUGCACAAGGUAUCCAAAGAAGAUAUGGACUUAAAGCAGCUUGCUACAAGUGUAGACAAAAAAGAAAUUUUUAAGAAGAAAAUGGAGGAAUUCCAAACUGGAAUUUUUCACAAGCAAAUAGUGUCUGGUCAUGAAUGUAAGAGAUGUACUUUCUAUAGUAAACCAAGCUGCAUUCAUUUCAAGGAUUUUGACGUUGGUCAAACCUACAAAAAGAAGAUAACGCUGAUAAAUGCAUCCUACAGUGUUAAUUUCUGCAGACUGGUGGGAAUCAGUGAAUCACUCAAGGAUUUCAUCAGUGUUCAUUUUGACCCACCUGGCAAAAUGUCUGCUGGAAUGUCCUGUGAAGUCGGGGUAACAUUUAAGCCAAUGAUAAAUGAAACUCUGGAAGGAGAAGUCAUGUUUAUGGCCCAGACAGGUUCUUUUUCUGUUCCAGUGAAAUGUACGCCCAAGAGGUGCACUCUGGCGCUGGAUAAAGAGCUCAUUGACUUUGGCAGCCAUGUGGUGGGAGAGACAAUUUCACGGACCAUCACCCUGACAAACAGUGGAGCUUUGGGAACAAGAUUCAAAGUUCAGGCAUCAGCAGGUGAUGGUGGUACGUGCAUAGCAGCAAAGGCUUCUUCUGGAAGAACGGUUACUCAACUUUUUAGUGACCAUGUCCCUGAACAGAAAGGCAGCAAUAGUCCUGUGAUGUCUGUAGUUGAAAAGAAGGGACAAAUUUAUCCUGACCAUAGUGAGAAACUGACCGCCUGUGCAGCUGGAGGGGAGCAGCAGAGGACAGAGAUGAGCCGGAGCAGUGGUUUUGUAGAACAACUUGAUCAAGAUGUAUUAAAUUCCAGAUCCGAUCUAGACACAGAAAACGCACAUAACUUAGUGGGACUUUCUCCUGAUGAAACACCAGUUGAAAUUAUGCUUGGAAAGGUCACUGAAGGUGAAAUUGGCCCCUUCAGCUCAGUCAAACUUCAGGUCUUGUUUGUCCCAGCUAUCCCUGGGGAUGUGCAGGCAGAGUUUGUGAUCACGUUUGACAACUCAGACUGCGAACCGCUGUGCUUUAGCGCCAUUGGAGUUUCUAUUGACGUGCCGAUUUGGGUGACCAAUCCCAAUAUUGAUUUAAAGAUCUGUAUGUAUGAUCGACUUUAUCAGGAUUGUGUUGUCAUUCACAGCAGAGCGAAAACCACACUGCGUCUGAAGUUUGAAGUAUGCAAAGAAUUGAGCAAGCACAUGGAGCUGCUUCCAAAAACCGGUUACAUUCAAGCUCAAUCAUCCUUCAGCGUGCAGUUAAAGUUUCUGCCCAGGCCCUCUCUUCCUGAAGAUGCGGGGAGCUAUUUUAACGAAGAGAUGAGAGUUCUAGAAGUCCCAGUGACAAUAUUGAUUAUGGAUAAGGCUAAAAAAGUUAAUUUUACAGUCCAUGCGAUUGUUACCACUUCUGAUUUGGAAAUCAGUCCAGCACAAAUCGAUUUUGGAUACUGCACGAUCUACGAAGCUGUGCAGGCAAAUAUCACGCUAACAAACAAAUCCAUUUUGCCCCAAGAGUUUGGAUUUGUGGGACUUCCAGAGUUUGUUGAAAUUCAACCCAAUGAUGGACUUGGAAUUCUUCUUCCACUUGAAAGCCUGACAUUGGACGUAAUCUUUAAAGCUAACAAGGCAAAAGAGUACAGCUUUGAACUAACCUGCAAGUCAGAGAUUAAUAGACAAUUCAAGCUGUCAUGCAAAGCAGUUGGAGUCCACCCACCUCUUGAAUUGUCUCAUUCCCUAGUUCAGUUUGCUGCAACAGCUUUAAACGGUGUGUCUACUGCAACCCUGUACGUGAUGAAUUCCCACGUGAGCGUCAACCACUUCACUCAUGCUGUCCCUAGAAUUGGGAGUGGGGACGCUGCCCCUGUUGGACCCACUUUGUUUGAAUUCUGUGUGCCAGGAGGCUGUCCAGUGACAAUUACACCUUCUGUUGGAACUGUGUUGCCUGGGAAGAAAAGCUUGAUUCGAGUGUCCUUCAGACCAACGUUGUCGGAUCAGCUAAUCAGAGAAGAGGCAGUUCGGAGGCUUGGCAGAGCAGCUGCGGCAGGGGCAGAAAUACAAGACAGAAGGAAAGAUGACAAGAGAAAGGGAAAGAAAUUAAGCAUUUCCAAGCAGCAGUCUUCCAAACAGUUUGUGAGGGAUGGAGGCCAUAAACACCUGACUGGCUCUAAACAACCAACAGCUGAAGAGUUAAACCCUGAUUCCGAUGCUUACAUGGCAGCCCAGGCUUUCCUGAUGAGGAGUUUCAGUGGGAGGUUUGAAAAAUACGUCAUACCAUGCUUUGUUGCAAGUGGCCAUAUCGAUGAAAAGAAAGGUUCUGAAAACCUAAGCUACAGCCCUUACAACACCUUGUAUUUGGAGCUGCACUGUCCGGCUGUGGCACCGGCUGUUGUGGUCACUUCAGAUAAUGGAAAAAACACAGUGAAUUUUGGCGAUGUUGCCAUAGGCCACAGAAUGAUGAAGCGAAUUGCAGUACAAAACAUCUCCCCAGAGAAGCUGGAACUAGGAUUCUCGGUUCUGAAUCCCAGUGGUCCCUUCCUGUUGGUCAGACCAGUUGGAAUGCUUGAGCCAGGUGAAAAUAAAACCAUCAUCAUCUCUUUUUGUCCAGAUGAAGAUAAACGGUUUUAUGAAACACUGGACAUCCAGACGGCAAGAACCAAUCUGACCCUAAGUAUCACCGGCCACGGGGUGAUGCCAUCGACUGUGUGCUCCGUAGGAGAGGUACUCGAUAUGGGAUACGUCAUAGCCAGAGAGAAGGCGACUUCCACAUUCCAGAUACAGAACACUUCGACACUGACCCUGCGAUACUCCAUACAACUAGAUUCGCUCUCACCAACAAGGGACAAGGAUCAGCAGAGACCGCCAUCCUUUCUUAUCUCAUCUUUGCAAAGAACGGAGUUUGUUGGGACACAGAACUAUAAUGGCUUAAGCGUGUUCAGCAUCUUUCCAACAGAAGGAGAGAUUUUUGCUGGGAAGAGUCAAGAUUUUAUUGUUACUUUCAGUCCUGACCAUGAAAGUCUGUACUAUUCUGACCGCCUCAAGGUUGUGCUCUUUGGCAAGAGAACAGCCCAUGUGGUCCACCUAAAGGGUGCAGCCAGAGAUCAGCCCAUGUUUGUGGAAGGGGGAGUUCCACUCGAUGUGCCCAUCGAGUCCUUGGCUGUGACACCGCCCGCGUCAUCACAGGAAGCACCAAAAGGAGAGCUACCAGAACCAGUGAAGUCCAUUCUCCUCAUGCUGGAGUACAUCGAGGGGGAGCAUUCUGUGGUGCCAGCAAGGACAGAACUGAGGAUUGGAGCCAUACGGACAACUCAGCUUGCAUCUAAGAAGAACGUGGAGUUCAGUUUCGACAGCGUGCCGCUCCUGCAGGAGAAGGGAUUCGCUCUCGGAGCUGGGAAAGGCACGGUGGAGCGCGGGCAGGUCAAACUCAUCAGCGUUUCUUGGGUGCCACCUGCUGACUUCCAUGCUGAUGACCCUCUGCUUGUGACAGCCCUCCUGACCUUAAAAAGUGACUUUGAAGAAUGUUACCGAAUCCUCUUCAUGGCAAAAGUUGUGUCUGCGAAUGCACCCACUGAGUGAGCAAAAUGGAAGGGAAGAUGGGGGUUUUCAUACUGGGAAAUCACUGGAUCCCGGCUGAAACAUGGAAAGCUUUUGAGAUCAUUGCCAAUAUGUGAGGGAAGCAGGGAGUGGGAGGGAAGGGGACGUGAUAUUUCUGCCUUUUUUUCCCCUUCAAAAUUCAACGUAAACUCUGGUUCCACCAGUUCCAUUUUCGAGCUGAGUCUGUGACAGAAAUCUUGUGAUAGAAUGAAUUAAUGAGAGGCCCGAGUAGCUACAUCACAAUCUCUUCCAAAGGUCAGCAUUCCCUCAGGACCAGUGCAUUUUUUACAUCUACAUGGGUAAGUUUCAAACAAUGUAUCUUUUUCCUAUUUCAGAUGCAUUUUAAAGGAUUUGGAAAAUUCUUGACUCUUUCCCUUUUAAGAGCAGAAUAAAGCUUCUCACUCA